AUGUCAUUGUCAUUGUCAUUUUUCAUUGUUACUCAUCUAUGUAUUAAACAACAACAACAAACAAAUAAAUCAAAGUUUACAACCAAACAAGAACAACAGAUUGCUACCAUCAUUAUCGAAAAAGUAAAUAUAUUUUGUCAUCACUCAUCACCAUCCAUCAUCGAACUUGGUUGCUGUCCAAUGGCUGUCGCCAAGACUGACAAAGUUUGUAUUGCACAUUCGUUCUAUGUUUUUGGGUUUUUUAUUUUUCACGUCAGCGGUGUGCAAUUAGAAUCAGCAGCGGUAUUGGUCUCGGAUUCGUUGGCCUAUAUUGCGGCCGAGUGCAUCGAUAGUAGUUUAAUAUUCCAUCAAAAAACAAAUGUUUAUGGAGUAACCAAUAAUAAUAAUAAUAAUAACAACAACAAUAUUUCAACAAUAACAAUAGCAAACAAGAUUAUCCGCUUUUCGACAAUCAUCAUCGAUGUCCAUUAA